AUGAAGACCUGUAAAAAUAAUACAAACUUUUUUUGGUGUAACUUAAAAAAUAAAUUACGAUUGGAUGGACGUAAUUUUGAUGACUCACGAAAUAUAUCGAUAUAUUUUUUGGGAGAAUAUGGAAAUGUUGAAGUGUCUAUUGGUAAUACAAAAGUAGUAUGUAAAAUAACAAGUGAAAUAGUUAAGCCAUAUGAUAAAAAACCUAAUGAAGGAAUAAUAAAAAUAAAUUUAGAUAUAGAAAGUUUUAGUACAUUUAAUGAUAUAUCCAAAAUAACAGAUGAAUGUUUAGAAAUAAAAAAUUUAAUUGAAAGAAUAUUUAAAGCUAGUAAUAUUUUAAAUUUUGAAUCUCUUUGUAUAAUACCACAUAAAAAAGUAUGGUGUUUAUUAAUUAAUAUUACAGUAAUAGAAAAUGAUGGAAAUUUAUAUGAUUCCUGUUAUUUAUCAGCAUAUAGUGCUUUAGUACAUUUUAGAAAUAACAGUGUUAAUAUUGAUAAUGCAGGAAAUGUAAUUAUAGAUGAAGACGAAGUUAAUUAUUCCUCUUUAUCUGUACAUAAUUCUCCAAUUUUAACAACCUUUGCAUAUUUUAGUUUUGAUGAAAUUUGUCUUGUUGACCCAUCAUCAUAUGAAGAAGAAUUUAUGUCAUCAAUAUUAUCUAUUGCUAUUAAUAAAAAUGGUAACCUAAUAAGUAUAUUAAAACCUGGUGGGUUACCAAUUUCUUAUGAUAAAAUAUUACAAGGUAUUGAAUUAGCAAAAAAGAGAGUUAAAUCUAUUUUAAAAAUAUUAGAGGACGCAUUAAAAGAGGAUAAUGAAUUGAGAAAUAAUUUAAAAAAAAAAAAUUUACAUAUAAAAUAUUCUAGUAAUCCUGUCCAUAUAAAAUAUGAUGGGGAUGAUAUUGUAGAAAAAUCAUUAGAUGUUACAAUUAAUCAAACAAUAAUAAAUAAUCUGAACAUUGAUAAAAUUGUGAAAAAAUAUGAACAGUACAUGCUUUCAAAUCCAGACAAUUUUACUAGUGAUGAUAUUAAUUCAACUAUGGAAAAAAAUAAUAAUGAAGAAACAAAAUUUAUGAGUAGUAAUUCAAUGCAUAAUAAGCAAUAUACUAUCGAUCAAGAAUUGAGGAGAUUAAAAGAAGAAAAUAUAAUAAAGAGUGAAAAUUAUUUUCAUCGAAUUCCAAAUUAUAACACCAAUUUAAAUAUUCAUACUAAUGAAGAUGAUAACAAUCAAGAUAUAAAUAAUACAAAAAUAAAGAGACAAGAAUUUGAAGAUAAUAAAUUAAAUCUACAUACUAUUAAAAUGGUGAAAUCAAAUAAGAUUCCAAACAAUGAGGAAAUAAAAUUCUCAAGUGCAAUAUCUCAAGGUAUGCAAAAUAAAGACUCCCAUUAUAAUUUAAUGGACAAUAAAGUCUUAAAUACAAAUUUGGAGGAUGAAAAAAAAAACUUAAAAAUUAAAGAACAAAGUAAAAUAUCAAAUUAUGAAAGUGAUGAAUCGUCUGAUAUAGAUUUUUCUGUUGCAAUCAACCAAAAAUUAAAGAAACAGAAUUCUAAAAAAAAGUGA